AUGACCUCCAACCAACUGCGAAGCCACACCAUAUUUAGUGCCAAAUCGAAUCCACUUUGUCUAACCGAUUACACACGUGAACAUGUGGGCAUGGCUCUUGGAUUUGUUACCAUAUGGAGCAAAGAACCAAGAAGAUCAAAGUCAGCAACAAAGAUCGCAUUCGGCGGACAUUAUAUACUUAAUCAGAUACUUAGAUGGUCCGUCUUCACUGGACGUGUGGGCCCCAGCAUCCCUUCCACUCGUUUCAUCUCCUCGCCAUUGUCAUACAAGAUGUUCUCAAGUUUCGUGAGUGACGUUGACGAGGUCCUUGAGCCGUAUCCACCUAACCCCUCAGGUGGUCCAUCCCCAUGGCGAACACGUCAUCCCUUCUCGUUGGCGGUCUCCCUCGGGGACGUUUAG